UCCCGCGCCGGCUCCGCCCAACCGCCGCCGAACCUUCUGGAAGCGGCGCCCCACCGCGGCCCCGCCGCCGCCAGAACCGGACGCCUGAGGAGCCGGCGCCGGCCCGGGGGCGGGACGAGGCCGGGUGCGAGGGGCGGGGCUUCGCAGGAGGCUGCGUUCGACUCGCCGCCGGCGCACAGGCCCCGCCUCUCCGGCGCAAUGGCUCCGCCUCUCCCCUCCCCCUCCAAGGCACCGCCCGGGCUAAUUCAUUCAGCGCUGGGCCUGCCAGACACCUGCGCGCUCCCUCAGGCUCCCGCCGCCGCCGCCGCCACCAUGUCGGGCCCCGCCGCCGAGACCCCGUCCGCCAUCCAGAUCUGCCGGAUCAUGCGGCCGGAUGACGCCAACGUGGCCGGCAACGUCCACGGAGGAACCAUCCUGAAGAUGAUCGAGGAGGCAGGGGCCAUCAUCAGCACCCGGCACUGCAACAGCCAGAACGGGGAGUGCUGUGUGGCCGCCCUGGCCCAGGUGGAGCGCACGGACUUCCUGUCGCCCAUGUGCAUCGGCGAGGUGGCCCACGUCAGUGCAGAGAUCACCUACACCUCCAAGCAUUCAGUGGAGGUCCAGGUCCACGUGAUGUCCGAAAACAUCCUCACAGGUACCAAAAAGCUGACCAAUAAGGCCACCCUGUGGUAUGUGCCCCUGUCGCUGAAGAACGUGGACAAGGUCCUGGAGGUGCCUCCGGUGGUGUACUCCCGGCAGGGGCAGGAGGAGGAGGGCCGCAAGCGCUACGAGGCCCAGAAGCUGGAGCGCAUGGAGACCACGUGGCGGAACGGGGACAUCAUCCAGCCCGUCCUGAACCCAGAGCCGAACACGGUCAGCUACAGCCAGUCCAGCUUGAUCCACCUGGUGGGGCCUUCCGACUGCACCCUGCACGGCUUUGUGCACGGAGGGGUCACCAUGAAGCUCAUGGACGAGGUGGCCGGGAUCGUGGCCGCGCGUCACUGCAAGACCAACAUCGUCACGGCUUCCGUGGACGCCAUUAACUUUUACGACAAGAUCCGAAAAGGCUGUGUCAUCACCAUCUCUGGGCGCGUGACCUUCACCAGCAAUAAGUCCAUGGAGAUCGAGGUCUUGGUGGAUUCCGACCCCGUGGUGGACAAUUCCCAGAAGCGCUACCGGGCCGCCAGUGCCUUCUUCACCUAUGUGUCCCUGAGCCAGGAGGGCAAGUCUCUGCCUGUGCCCCAGCUCGUGCCCGAGACUGAGGACGAGAAGAAGCGCUUUGAGGAAGGCAAAGGGCGGUACCUGCAGAUGAAGGCAAAACGACAGGGUCAAGCGGAGCCUCAGCCCUAGACGCCCCCUCCUACCGCUGGGGCCUGGAGCAGCCCCCAGCGUCUCAUCAUUUAGAAGUUACCCCUUGGCCAAAACCCCAGUUCACGUUGACAGCUGGUGUUGUGUGAAGUAUUCGUCUCGCAGUGUUAACCUGUGUUCACCUCUCCUGGAAACCUAUACACCAAAGCUUUAUUUAUAUCAUCCCCGUGUAAGUGCUCCACAGUAUUGUCCCGACGCCCCAGGGCGUUCCCUGGAAGCCCUGGGGGAUGCUGGGGCGCGCGCUGUACGGUAUGGAAAGCCCAGCAUCGCUAAUAAAGCUGCUGUUUGGCUGGA